UAAUUUUUUAAUAAAUAUUUUGCCUGAUUUAUAACAGUAAUAGGAGUAAAUUCCAUUUGCUCUGUUAAAAAUUCAUAAUUUACAUUUGCAAAUAACAGAGGCCAUAACAUCGACAAUCGAUUACAUUGUGAUUAAUAGGCAAUUUCACCCAACUGAAAUACUCGAAAUCAGAACGCUCAAUUCGGAAAAUAUAGGAAGCGAUCAUAACCUUUUACUCGAAAGAAUUAAAUUGAAAAUACGAAUACCAAAACAACCAAGACCGGUGAUAUCAACACAGAAACUCAAUAUUGAGCUGCUAUGAGACCCUAUGAUAAAGUACCUAUACAAAAAUAGAUUACAAAAAAAAUCGAAGAAAACCCGAUUUUAAAUACUAACGGCAUCAAUCUAGCUUGGGAAAUAAUCAAGAAUAAUAUCAAUAAUUCAGCAAGGGAGGCACUUGGAGAACGAACCAUAAAAGGGAACGACGUAAUCAACCACAAGAACAGUGCAAAUAAAAGAACAUCAAUCACAAUCAACAGCAGCCAAGGAACAGUGCAAAUAAAAAAGAAAAGCCUACCUAAAAUAUUGUACUGUGCGAACGCCAGAAUCGUAUAAUGAAUAUAAGCAAUUUAGGAACAAAACUAAAGAAUUAAUGAGAAAAAUAAAAAACGAUCACUAGGAAAUGUUUUCCAACCGCCUGGAAGGUGAUUUCUACGGGCUUGAAAAGCAGAUAUGGCGAUUGAUAAGAUCGCACAGAAAGGAGGUGAAUGAAAUGAUAGAACCAACCCACAUAAAAAAGAAAGAGUGGAUCAGAUAUUUAACCGAUCUGUAUAAAACGACAAACACGGCAGACGAGCCUACCACACCAGAAAUAACUAUUAACGAAGAUGCCACGAUCAAUACAUACGACGUAGAAAACGCACUACAGAAACUAAGAAAUGGAAAAGGCGCCGGGCAAGACGGUAUACAAAAUUAAUUGCUCAAAUACGGUGGGCAAGGACUAACAGAAGAAUUAACAACUUUAAUACAGAAAUUAUAUAUCAUCACCAAAUCCCAGAUGAAUGGCGAACCAGCACUACUGUACGAAUGUUCAAAAAAGGGAACAAGAGAAUACCAUCAAAUUAUAGAGGAAUAAACCUUUUAAACACUGCUCUAAAACUAACAACUAAAGUAAUUACGAACAAAAUUAACAAUCUUACAUCGUUGGCCGACGAACAACAGAGAUUCAAAUCCGGAAGAUCUUGCACGGACGCCGUGUGCGUAUUAAGACAAAUAGUCCAGAAGUCGAUUGAAUACAACAAGCCAACGUUUACAUGUUUUGUUGAUCUGACUAGAGCAUUUGACCGUGUCCAGCUCAAAGGCGUCCUGCAACUCCUUUACAACAGGCAAAUCCCACACAAUCUCAUUAAAAUCAUAGAGAACAUAUAUACAAACAAUAAAAUACGAGCACAAAUAGAAGAGACCUCACAGAACCAAUACCAGCGGGUAGCGGUAUUCGUCAGGGAGACUCUCUGAGCCCUACCCUUUUCAAUUUAAUAAUGGAAGAAAUUGUGCGCAGUGUACGAGGGCUACAGGGAUACAAAAUGGGGGAUGCAGAAAUCAAAAUAGUGUGUUAUGCUGACGAUGCUGCUCUCAUUGCAGAAAGUGAAGAUGAGUUACAAAGGUUAUUACACUUAUUCAACCUGACAGCCAAGUCUCUAAAUAUGGAAAUAUCACCGACCAAAACAAAGUGCUUCACAACAUCAAAAAAACCCUCUAAGAUGCAAACUGGAACUUGACGGUAGAGUAAUCGAGCAGAAAAUUAAAUUUAACUAUCUUGGCGUGGAACUUUCCGGCUUUGGGGAUAUUGAGACAGGGGUAAGAGAUCAAACAACAAAAGUAAUUAGAAUAGCUGGCUGUCUGAAUGCCAUAUGGUGCAAUAAGAGUAUGGGAACGGACACUAAAUCGAGGAUCUACAAAACCGUCGUCAGGCCGGUGAUGACAUACAGCGCAGAAACCAGGCCAGAAACAGCGAAAACCAAAAGAUUCCUAGAGACAGCUGAGAUGAAAAUACUCCGUAGAAUCACCGGAAAGACACUGCUGAAUAGAGAGAGAAGCGAGGAUGUCAGAACAGCCUGUAAUGUCAAGAACAUCAAUGAAUGGGUAGCAAACAGGAAGAAGGAAUGGAAUGAGCACAUAAGCAGGAUGGACCACCGCAGACUUGUGACAAGUCUCCAAUGGGACGAAUAAACGUUGGGAGCCCCAGGAAACGAUGGAGCGACAGCCUCACGCAAGUGAACGAUAACUGAACAGGCGAUUCGCCUAAGAUCAAGAAGGAAAAUGCAUAAUACGUGCAGAUCAUCUAUCACAUAGGACGAAAGAGCUCACUCUACGAACUUGUGGGAUUAUAAAUAAGGAGCUUGCACGAAAUUUGUAAAUAACUUUUAACAACACGUGAUAUCAAACCCGAAAAUCCAACAUUACCUUUUACACCUGUUAGAUUUAUUGAUGGUACCCGUGAUCUUCACGAAAAUGUCAGAGAAAAUCAGAAAUUUGUCAUUUCGGGUAUCAUUUAGAAAUAUCGCUUGCGCAUAAAAGUGGGUGUUAGUGGGGGAUUGAACAUAAAUUUCUUCAUGCCGCCAUAGUCACAUCAAGCACAAUCGGGGAGAGAACGGGGAUUUAAGGAAAAUCUCAAGUUUGAAGCGUCUCAUGAAUACAAGAUGAACGACGAUCUUACAUACUCACCUCCAAAGCCUGGAAAAAUGCCCAUGUUCGGGUCGUUACACGUAGAAUUGCCAGUGGAAUCCCUGAUGCAAAGCAAACAUAUUUACCAAGGCUCCAUCGCAAUAGAUACGGAAAAUUAUCGGGCGGAUAGUAUAAAAUUAGAAUAUCUGGCUAACAAUAGGAUGGGAAAGCGGAGCAGCUUCUUGCUUACUAACUUUGAUGAAGAUUCCAUACUACCUAUGAAGAAGUUGUCGUCUUUUACAUAUGAAGGAGCUACGAUUUCCAAAGUCGACGACCCUAAUAAUCAACCAGACAAGCGUGAAAACAUUUUGUACGGGAAGCAAGUAUAUCGGGGAAUACAAUCGAUUAGGUAUGGCAGGAAAAGAGUUUACAGAUAUCCACAUGGAGUCAUCUACGACGGUUAUUUUAAUAGAAACGGAGAUUUUCAUGGGACGGGCAUGCUGAUAAACCCAGCGGGCCAUAGGGUUGAAGAACUCUGGAGGAACGGCAAAUUGGUUCAAGGCGCGAAUUGCCUGACCAUUGAUAACCCCGAACGUCGUCUCCUCAUCGACUACACUGAAGUCCCUAAGCCUAAACUCGUUGUCGAGACCCUCGAUGAAGAAAAGUCAAUCACAUAUGAUCUACUUAUGCAAAAUUCUCCCAGUCAAGAAUUAUUGUUGAAUAGUUUACGUUGGAACUUAAUCCCAAGACCACAAAAGAUCGAUUCGGUUCCGGCCCAAGAAAUCGAACAAUGGAUAAAAUAUAACUGUCGCAAAUCUUGGGAUGAAUCAACAGGUUAUCGAGGAGACCUUUAUGAGGUAUGGACGGCUGGUUACAGGGAAGAAAGCCUGGCAUGUACAGAUCAAUUAAAAGCCAUGAACAGUCUAGAUGAAAGCAAUGAAAUUGCGAAAACAUCUUUGCUUGAAAAUGUGGACUUAUUGCCAUCAGAUCCGGCUGUGCCAAGUAGAAAUAAGUAUUCAAAAAUGUAUAGUUUUAUUCUCCAUCAUACCCAAAACAUCGAAAAAUAUAUCCACGAUGGAAGGAAAUGUAGCUAUCUAAACUUGAGCCAUAUGUUCGUUCCGGUAUCAUCUCCACAUGAUUUGCCUAAAAGGAAAGAAAUCCACUUGCAACGACGGUCGAAAAAUCCAAAAAGCCGAGCAUCCUCUGCGCCCGGAAGUCCAAAGUUAAAGUCAGGGACUUAUGGGCUAAAAUAUCUGUUGAAACAUCAUCAGAUUCAGAAGAAAAAGUCUGGUGUCAGAGUUGAAAAUGACUUAAUAGAUGAUUUUGUUGCAUAUCAACAAAGGGUUAAGCGCUAAUAUUAAAUUAUAAGUAAAUCGUCA